AUGGACGUUGCUAUUUUGCUGGAUAAUGCCCCUGCUCAGCGCUCAAAAGAGGUAUGACUCGCAUUGAGUUUAUGACAAUAAUCUGAAUUUCUAGACCACAGGUACCCCUUCAGCUUGCGGUUUGCGAAGCAAGUUUAUCCUACUCAGAAGCCCUGACCUCAGUCCCAUCGAAAUGUUUGGAAAUACCUUUGCAACCUAUUCUUAUUUUGAUGAGACUAAAUUGCCGAGGGUAGUAGGUUGCGAAAUGCUUCCGAAGUCGGAUCAACCGGCACCGUUCCAUUCCCUAUUACCAGCAAUUGGUGCGAGGUUAUCUCAGGUGAUCAGUCGUUUUACAACUGAAACACGCAUAUGUGCAGUUAAUUUUAACGUCUGAACGUGACGCCCCAAAGUAGAGGUUUUCAGGCAGGCAUUUACUUCGUCCGAUGGUGUGCAUCGAGGAUUCACCGGCAGUAUUUGCCUGAAGUCUCCUGCAAGCAGUAGCAAUGCGUUUCCAAAUGGUCUACUGUUUCCGCGCAAAUCUUGUAAUGAUCGGUCAAGGGCCUCGACCGUUUUUUGUGUACCAUUAUAUAUUAAUACCAAACACUAAAUUUGCAUUUCUGCAGUAGUUUUUCCAUGCCGGAUGCCUUGGAAAUGUUACACGUAUGAGUUUCAAUGAAUUGCAUGUUCAACGGCAAUUACAAAGUUGAAUGAGCAGUUCUUCCGCCGGGUGCGAUCCACUGACCGAGGUUGUGAGGAGGGGGUGGUGUUAACUGCAUCCAGUCGUCACGCCGGAGAAUCCCAGCGGAAGCGGUGACAGCCGGUUGUGUGCCAAGACUUGCAUGUCUUUUUCCUUAUGUGUGGUUAGCCCUAUCGGCCCAUAUUGCAUCAGCCCAGAGGGGGUGGGGCAUGUUCAAGUAUAUGCGGGGGGGUGGGGUGAGCGUGGCCAUGGGAGUGGAACACGUGUGCUUGAGCGGAUAUCGGUCGAAGUGGUUCGACGGACGCACGUGUGUCCGAGUGGCUGCCGGUCAAGUGGCCGCAGACCAGCGCGUCAGCAGGUGGCGUUGUUAUGCCAGAAGAAAAAAUUCGAUUUUUUACCCAUCUGCAUGACUAUGAAGGUAAACAUAAAAAAACCCGGCUCUAUGCGCAGGCAAGGUUGUGUCAAAAUUUCAGCGUAAUCGGUGCAGUACUUUCCGAGAUUACCGGCAACACACAAAAACACUUCCAGUUUCCUAUAUAAAAAGAAAGAUAAGAUAUAAGGAGAAGAUAUAUGAUACUUCACGAACCAAGCUAUGCCUUUUUGAAAAUAGGUUGUUCAUUUAAUGCUGGAUAACUCUCGGGAUAUGGGGUGGGAAGUUCAUGAGCCACUAGGCUUUUUUGUGAAAAUUCGAGACCUUCCUUUUGAUAGGUUUCGCACCUCAUAUAUUUAUGAAGCGACUAAAUCCUUUGGGAAAAACAGAGCAUUAUUGAGUACCUUUUCGAGGCUGGCCCCAAACUCCUCGGCAGCCUAUCGGUUGUGGGCAAAAGCAAUUAACUGAUUAGACGUGUCUAACAAAGGGUCCUACUGUUGGCCGACGUCCGCACCAAAACGCGUUAAUUGCAUCUCGUCACGUCUCCGGGGUAGUCUGUGCUCGUUUGCAAUUCUCCUGGAGAAUUUUGUAUGUGGCAUCUAAAUCGUUAUGUAGAUUGGUAAUGUGUCAUCUGGGCGCAUUAAGAGCAAUAAAGCUGUAUUUUUCCCAAAGAAUUGAAUUACUUCCUAAUUAAAUUUUCCAGGAUGCCCGUUUUUAAACAUAUACAAAUGAACAGUGUGUUACCUACUUCAUGAAAAAUGUCGACAUUUUCGGAUGAUUGUUAAUCACUCUCAAACCGACAGAAAUGCGAGGACCCCAAUACUUAUGUUAGUAAAUAACAGCAUUAGGCGAGUUAAAAACAUAAAAGAACUAUUGAAGGUAACGUUGCUUUGUUUAGAAAUAUCAUGUUUCUUUUAGAAAAUCGGAAAAUUCCGAAAACUUAAAAAAUGGUUGCAAUUGUGUAAGCUUCAGUUCACAGAUUAGGUUACGAGAUAGUCUCGUCCUGUUGCGCCUUUGGACCCCGUCUACGGCCCUCGUGGGGAGAGGAAUAACAACCAGUAUUCGUGCAGGAAGGCGUCCUGACAAUGGCAAGGGAGGUUAAGUUAGACCGAUCUAUAUCUGUACGGAUGUUUUCGGAAUCUUCCUCGUUUCCCUCAUCAGCGUGGCACGGUGGUUAUUCCUGCCGACCUCAAUGACUGGCGCCUACUAUAACAGUACACGCCUCAUGAACUUUGAAUUGCACGUUUCCUGAACUCUUGGCUGACCGACCGCUGGCGGACUCACAUGAACCUUCUCCCCUUUUCGGCCUUUGUAGUUGUUGCGAAGUUAGUAUGCUUCUCGACGUCUCUUUCGUCAUCCUCGAGCUGAUUAGUUGUUGCCUCUUGUAUGAAUUGCCGUCGGCAUAAUGAGCACGUCAGUGAGGCGGUUCUAUGGUGGUCACGUGAUCUCUUGCUGGCGCCUUCCCUAUUUUCCGCGUGCAUCAGCUGUUGGUCCCGCGUGACUUUUCCUGCCUGUAGGAACUGAUUCGUGCCGUGGGGGUGACGACUAAUAGGCGGGAUGCAGGUCCAUGGCUCGACCAACUGUCAUUCGAGGGUUAUCUUUCGCGAACCAGUCAGGUCCGGCCGAUGAUUCUGGCCUUCUCGUUCUGCGUAUCCUCGCUCUUCGACUCUAUUCUGUUGGAUUUAGCGAAAAGCUGCAGUGAUAAACUUCUUCGGGCUUGCAUCACAGAUGCACUUGCGAACAGUUUGCCUCAACUGCUAAAUCCUCGUCCAGAAACUAACCUUUCCUUCGUCAAGCCAUACCAUCGACAAAUAAAAUGCACACCUACAGGUUCGCUUCCAUGCUCCUUCUUGGUGAAAGCAAUAAUGCAGACAUUAGAAGCUAUAGGUCUUCCCAUAAUUAACCCACCAUAAUGGGUGUGUUACGUAAAUAAUACAGUCAGCGACCAAUCUCAUGAAAUGUUAACCGAAAUUUAAAAAUGCAUUUUCGAUCACGAAAGAUAACAUGAUUAAGGAUGUAAUAUUUUCUAUCAUGCGACGUAAUCCCGUAAUAUUUCAGACACGCCAGGGUGUUGAAUUUUGAGUACACUUCUUUUCGGCCGCCUGCAAUCACUGCACUCGGUAAAAAGCAACAACUUUUGUAGUGUGCACUUUCUCCAUCGAUUUUCGAUGCGCUUGUGGAUUCGAGUAUUUUGUUAAUGGAAAACCUCAAUUUACAUAUUACUUCUUUCACUCAUUUGGCAGCAAAUCACGUCCUCUUCAAACUCCAUGCUCGAAGAACGGGUAUCUCUCGGUUUUAAAAAAGUUUUUCGGUAGGGGUCGGCUGCUCUGUCCUGGUCGCAAAUGUAAGUGCAGUGUGGGCAUUGCAAGUAGAUUAAGCCGGAAGAGGGUGCUGAAAUCGUUUGUGGGAAAGAAGCCAAAGCUAUAAAAGGAAAAGGACAACCUGGUAUUUCGGUUUAGAGUUAGGGUUAUUCUUAGGGUUUGGGUUGGUGUCAGGCUGAGAAUUGAGUUUAGAGUUAGGGUUUGUGGUAAGCUUAAGGGCCCCGGUCUAAGUUAGGGUUUGGAUUGCGGAUAAAGUUUGCAUUUAGUGUCGAGGUCGGGGUUAGGGUUAGUGCUAGGGUAGAGUUACGGUUAAGGUUAUGGUUAAGGCUACGGUUAGGGUUAGGAUUUGGGCCAGAGUUAAUGGAAGGCUCAAGGUUAGAGCCAGGGUUUGCGGUAGGUUUAGGGUUAGGUUUAGUGUGAAGUUUAGGGUUGGCUUUAGGUUUAUGAUUACAUUAAGUAUUAGGCCUACUUUUGAGGUUACGGUUAGGUUUACCGCCAGGUUUGGGAGUAUUGAUGCCCUUCGUGUCCUGUCAGCCAGGUCUCUUGCGGGAAAUAUAGGCACCGGGUCGCCUUUUCGUUUCAGCCUCGGCUACUUUGCCUCCUAACGAUUUCAGCAUCUCUCUUCGGCUUACCUUCCUUUCAAUGUUCACAUUGCGCUUACACUUGGGACCAGGACAGUGUAGUCGCCCCUUGCCGGUUUUGCUACCCCCGAAUAAUUUUGUGCUCGAUCUCCUGCUGUAUUUUUGUUUAGGGUUUUCAAUGAAAAGAAGAACAUAACUAACUGCACGUCAUUAAGAAAAUACUAUAUGGGGUUCAAUUAUGCUUCAACGGACGUGAAUUACGUUGCAUUAUGUGACGGACGGAUACGAUACUGCUCAAAAGAACAUUACGUGGCCUUAAAAAUCUCAUAAUCAGAAACUUUUUAGAAGCCGAAAGAUACACUUUAUUCCAGCAUUAAGUCUAAAGAAGACGUGAUUUGCUACCACUUAAGUGAAAGAAAUAAAUCUGACUUCCGUUUAAUCAAUUUUUAUGAAAUGCCUACCCACCGGACACAUCUUUGCUUGGGACAGAACUCGCAUUAUCGGUGUCUGUCCUUUCGAGAUGGGCUGAGAUUUUCUCGAGGUCAUGCAUUCAGAUGAAAUAUUCAUCAACCGGCAUAUUGAGUUGGAUGUCGCGUACAAAAAUCUCAAGGAGAAAUGGGAGAGACGAAAGGCAGUCAGGAUAUAUUGACACACACAGCAGCCGUUCACUGGCGCGAUCACCGAACAAGUACCAAGUUUCUAAGCAGGUCAAAAAUUUUAAGUGGUGUUAGAGAAUUUACUGACCGUCUGAGGACGAUCUGGAUAAUUAGCUUCUAAAACGUGCCCAAUAAAGCUGCCCGCUUUUCCCAAAGAACGCAUUUGACUAAAUAUAUAUAUAUAUAUAGUGAGUGAGUGAGAGAGAGAGAGAGAGAGAGAAAGGUGAUGGUUUCGACACACUCCAGGCAUAGGUACUGGUUAAGAGUUCAGGCGCUUGUUCCGCUGAGGAUUCUACUCUUGCAUGGCACAAAUGUGAGAGAUUCGGCUCUUCGGCAGUUCCUCCAGCCUUCUCCAUAGUGGUUCAAGGCAUAGGUGGAGGCCUAAGUGGGUAAGAAAAACUUCCGCCAUGCAUUUUGUAACGAUUAGCAGAAACAUUAAAUCAUGUUUGUUUCUGAGGUAAAUUAUUUACCAGAACAUGUAGAACAGGCUCGUUUGAGACAAAUCACACUCCCUGUGUCACCGGAAUAAAACUAUACAUGAGCAUUUUUGCGGUGAGCAAAGGGCAGAGCGAAAAAGCACAGGUGAGUGGUUGUGAAUGCGUAGGCGGUGGAAAGAAAGGAGGCAAAGAGGGAGUCUUACUAAUUCGCUUACUCACUCGACGCCGGAGAGUAUUGCACACAGCGUCGUUUUUGGCACAGGGGAGGGGCGGUGACAGAAAUAGGGUGUGUUUGUGUGAGUGUGUAUGCGUGAGAGAGAGAGGGACGGAAGAAGAACUGCUAAUACGGUCGACGGAAGUGGGGGAGUGGUUGGUGAAAGGGUAGCUGAAGAAAAAGAGCGUAAUUAGGCAACGGCGAAGAAAUACCGAGAAGCAACGUGAGAGGAGAGGCUAGUGGUGGUGGGACAAAAGACGGCGGAGAAAAAGGAGAAGUAGAAGAGGGUAAGGAAGAACCUGCAAGAAGUAAUACUGAGAGACCAACGUCAAGGAAAGCAAUGAAAAGAGGACUAGACCGACACCUCAAACGAUCCGUCUACAUCUCAAACGAAGGCUUUUUAGGUAGCAUCGGCCGCAGCGCUGCGGUGACCGGAAAUGCAGACCGAAUGCUAACGUCACACGACCACUACCGGUCCAAUUUGCAUACUGAAGCACGUGUUUUAUGCCUGAUUUUGGAGGGCGCUGAAUCGCAAACAUGUCUAGACUUCGUAUAGGUUAUCCAGCCGACAUCUAAGUCAGUCGGAAGCGAAGUUUUCCGCGCUAAAACAAAGGCGCCACAAAAUCGCUUUACUUACCUUUUUUGCCGACAAGCGGAUGACGUAGUCAGAGAAAUAAGCUAGAGUUACAGGCCAGGAGUUUUGUGCGGUCCGUAAGUCGGAGAUCAAAGGUGGCUUUGUUCUGCACUGUGGAUAAGAAAACGAUUGGUGUCGCAGGAUUUUGCUGCUGAUUUUGCACGUAUAACAGGAGACAUGGUUUUACGAAAUUGUUGCCAUCGAGCAGUUCUUUCGCUGUUGUUUGACUGUUCUUAGGACGUAAACUCUGCGAUUAGGAGACAAUGGGCUACUCUGAGCGUCUCUACCUUUAAGACGUUUUCGAUACGGAAGACAAAAGAGCAGCCGUUAUAAAGGAGCAGGCCGCGCCGGCCAAUAGUCCGUUAUAAACGACAACAUUUUGACGCAUGCAUGCGGUAACCCUUCCUACAGCAAGGCCCUGCAGGCCUAAAAUUGUUGGCGCGAGGACGGGAUUGCAAGCAAGAGCAGCUUGGGGGGCCGCUUGCGGCUAUGCAAACUACUAAAGUAGUAUACCCAGUACCAAAUCACAAAUGCUGGAAUACCUACACAUGACCCUAACUCAGCUGGCUGCGGAAGAUAUAUACCUAUUAAGUGCCAUUAUUAACUUGACAGAUAAGCGGGCAACAUUCGCAAAUUAGAGGACAUUGAAGAAAUCUGCAGAACUCGACAAAAGUCCUUUAGGAUUUGAGCAUUAUAUAUGGUAUGCGAAAAAGUGCACAGGGUUGGUAAACUUCGGUAAAUUACGGAGUUUCUACUCUGGAAAUGAAAUAAAAGUGCGAGCGUUAAUGUGUAUGGUGGGCGACGUAUCUCUUGAAAUGCUAACUCAAAUUCUAACACGUAUUUUCAAUUAGAAAGUAUUACCUAGAUGGGAUCGUAAGACUGAUUGUCGUGUAGUACAAUACCAAGAUAUAUCAGUCAUCCCCAGAGGUCCGCUAUUGAAUCUGCGUCUUAAUGGCCACCAGCAAAGACCGCACCAAAAAAUGACUGCUUAAAUAUCACGAUCUUUCAUUAACUUUGGAUGUCUUCGUAAACCCAAAGAUACUCUAAAAAUAUGCACAAAACUGUGUUCGUAUGCAUUUUGUAGAAAAUCAAGUCUUCUUUGAAUUUCAUACUUAAGAAGCGUGUCUUGAAGAGUCAAAAGGGUUUUCAGUCCCGGAAUAAUUUUGAGCCAGCGUGUAAGGUUUCGAAAAUACAAACUAUCCACUUUUUAUUUAAGAACGAUCAUAUACUUCUUUAUGAUAAUAAGAAGGUCCAAUACGUGUCUUAUGAGAUGUUGCAAUUGAUACGAGCAAAGUUGUAUACUUCACAUGGAACAUUUAUAAACAGAUGGGUGCAAUGUUAUUUAACUGAACGCUUCCCCGUCAUAUAAAAUCUCUUAUUUAAAAACUUUUAAAGUCGGGAAUACAGUGUCGCAACACUUAGAAUUGUCUAUUCCCCCACCAGCCUGUCUUACGGGCGGACUACUACUACUACUACUUCUACUGCUACUACUACUACCACUACUACUACUACAACUACUACUACUACUACUACUACUACUACUACUACUACUACUACUACUACUACUACUACUACUACUACUACUACCACCACUGCUACUACUGCUACUACUACCACUUCUACCGCUGUUACUACUAA